AAUGCCAUACACUUGUCUUCCAACACUUGACUAUAUAAAGUCCAAUUUCCCUCUUCUUCUUUCUUACCAUUUCCCACUUUCCCUGUCCUCUGCCAUCCAAAAUUCCCCUUCUCCAUCUACUUUCCCUCAAUUUUCUCCUCCAUUUUCCCAUCUCUCAAAAACCCUUUCGCCCAUCCAUGUCUUCCCCACGCUUCCGAAUUGGCUAUGCCCUUUCCCUCAAAAAGGAGCGUUCCUUCAUCCUCCCUUCUCUUGUCGACUAUGCCAAACUCCAUGGCAUCGACUUUGUACGCAUUGACCCUCUUCUCCCUCUCAUUCACCAAUCCCCUUUCCACUGCAUCAUCCACAAGCUCUACGAUCCCUCGUGGGUUCAGCAAUUGAAGGAUUUCACUUCGCAGUUCCCCGAUGUUGUCAUCGUCGACCCACCGGAGCUAAUCUCGCGGCUCCUCAAUCGCGAUUCCAUGCUUCAAGUUGUGAAGGAGGUGAAAGUUUCUCAAGGGGAUGAGCGGAUUGAAACACCUAAGCAAGUCGUAGUGAAUGAUUUAGAUGUCGUGAUCAAAGAUGGGUUGAAUGCGUUUAGAGAUUUGGGGCUUAAAUUCCCUGUAAUUGCUAAGCCCCUGGAAUCCGAUGGCACUCCCAAGUCUCAUCAAUUGUGUUUGGUGUCGAAUGAUAGCGGAUUGAAAGGAUUACAUGCCCCGAUUGUGCUGCAGGAAUUUGUCAACCAUGGCGGUGUUGUAUUCAAGGUUUAUGUAGUAGGGGAGUGCGUGGUGUGCGUAACGAGGAAAUCACUGCCGGACAUUGCGCCGGAGGAGGUCCACAAAUUGGAUGCGGUUUCGAGUUUUUCGCAGAUUUCGAAUUCAGGAGCUCAAGGGGACGACGAGGGUAAUGUUGAAAUGCCAUCGUUGGAAUUUGUGAUGAAUGUGGCAGCUGGGUUGCGGGAAGCAACAGGGCUUAGGCUUUUUAACUUUGAUCUGAUUAGAGACAGUAGUGAUCAUAAUAGGUACCUUGUGAUUGACAUUAAUUAUUUACCUGGGUAUGCGAAAAUGCCCAACUAUGAGCCUUUUUUGACCAAAUUUUUCUUAGAUGUUAUUCAAAACCGGACUGUUGGUGGAGGCUUCAGUUCUUCCUAUGUAAAUGAAAACGAGGUAGUUUUCUGUUGAAAGUGAGAGGCAGUAAUCAAAUAAGAGUGCUGCUUUGAUUGAUGAUGGUGGAUGGUAUCGAUCUAUCUAAGAGAGGCAACUUUAUAUAGUUUUUAAGGUUCAGCUGGGAAGCCUAUAAUAGUUUCUUGCUUUUAUUUUAACACCCUUUAGUGAGUGAGUUCAAUCAGUUGAAAUCUUAUAGAAUAAUUGGUGUGCCUCUCUUGUAGAGCUUUGUUUCUACCCUCCCUUUUAGAGGAUGCAAUACAAAUUAUGCAUGAGUUAUAAAGAUCAAGCUAUUAAAGUAAUUAUUAGGAUAUAUUGACUUCAACAAAUAGGUACUCUAUAUGACUUGGUGGCCUGCAAAAGCUGUUACUUGUUAGAGCAUGCAGAAGAUAACUUCCAAGUAAAUGCAAUGCUGUUUUUUUCUUUAA